GGCCGCAACAGGAACUGAGAGACGGGGGGAGGAGGCGGUGCUGCCGCUCCGCUGCAGUCGCGGCCCGAGCCGGGGGAGCGGAGCAGCCAUGGGCCGCCGCCCGUCGCCGCCGCAGCGCUGAGCCGCCCCCGCCGCCCAAGGGAGAGGGGCCGGCGCUGCCCCCUCGCCCCUGCCGGGCGGGGCGCUUCUUCCUGGGGGGCGCUGGAGCAGCCGCCGGGGGCCCGCGAUGUGACCAUGGACAGCAGGUUCAAGGAAAAUCCAGAACGUACCUUUGAUUUGGUACUGAAGAUAAGAUGCCAAGCAUCUGAAAAUGAAGAUCCAGUGGUACUGUGGAAGUUCCCGGAGGACUUUGGAGACCAGGAAGUGCUGAACAGCGUUCCAAAGUUCUGCUUUCCUUUUGACGUUGAAAGGGUGUCCCAAAACCAAGUAGGACAGCAUUUUACCUUCGUGCUCACCGACAUUGAAAGUAAGCAAAGGUUUGGAUUUUGCCGUUUGACGUCAGGAGGCAAGAUCUGCCUCUGUAUUCUAAGUUACCUGCCAUGGUUUGAGGUAUACUACAAGCUCCUAAAUACCCUGGCAGAUUAUUUGGCUAAAGAACAGGAAAAUGACUCAAAUGAUUUGUUAAAAUCGUUGUAUAGCCAUCCUGUGCCAAAGGCGAACGCUUUAGUCAGUUUAAGUGUGAACCAAGAGAUGAUUUUUACAAGUGAACAAGUUUUGAAAAAACAGCCUUGUCUUGUAUCGCACUCAUAUUUCAUUACUCCUGAUAUAACUGGAUUGCCAACAAUCCCUGAAAGUAGAAACCUCACUGAAUAUUUUGUUGCUGUGGAUGUGAACAACAUGCUGCAACUUUAUGCCAGUAUGUUGCAUGAGAGACGAAUCAUUAUUACCUCUAGCAAACUAAGCACUUUAACUGCUUGUGUCCAUGCGUCAGCUGCAUUGUUAUAUCCAAUGUAUUGGCAACACAUUUACAUCCCAGUGCUUCCUCCACAUCUUCUGGACUACUGCUGUGCACCGAUGCCUUAUCUAAUUGGUGUCCACUUAAGCUUAAUAGAGCGAGUGAAAAAUAGAUCACUGGAGGAUGUGGUUUUGCUCAAUGUUGACACAAACACUCUAGAAACCCCUUUUAAUGACCUGAACAACCUACCUGGUGAAGUGGUCUCGGCCUUGAAAAAUAAACUGAAAAAGCAGUCUACAGCUACGGGUGAUGGAGUAGCCAAGGCCUUUCUUCGGGCACAGGCAGCACUGUUUGGAUCCUACAGAGAUGCACUAAGAUACAAACCAGGAGAGCCUAUAACUUUCUGUGAGAGUAGUUUUGUGAAGCAUCGUUCCAGUACUACUAAGCAGUUCCUGGAAACUGCUGUUAAUCUUCAACUGUUUAAACAGUUUAUUGAUGGUCGGCUAUCAAAAUUAAAUGCAGGAAGAGGAUUCUCUGAUGCUUUUGAAGAAGAAAUCACAGCAGGAGGCUUUUGUGGAGGAAAUUCAAGAUCUUAUCAGCAGUGGAUGAAUACAGUGAAGAAAGGUGGUGCACUGAUCAACACAGCAAUGACCAAAGCCACUCCGGCUGUGAAAACAGCAUAUAAAUUUGCAAAAAAUCAGGCAAGGCAAGGAAUAAGAGAAGUGAAGAGUAAGUUAAAACACAAGGAGAGUGAGGAAGAAUGUGGAACUUGCAGCGCUGUUCGAGGACAGAUCGCUCCUGUCUACACGUUGCAUUAUGAGAAAAGAGCAAACUCAGAAAAACGAAGACUGGCACAGACUCGUUUCAACCAGCAUCUCAGUAACCAGGAUUUUGCUUUGGAUGAAGACGAUGAUGAUGAAAUGGAGAGAACAAGCAAAUUGUCGUCAGAAGACAGUGAAGAAGUCUCUGCUUGCUUUUAUGAUAGUGAUGAUUCUGGUGAAACUGGAAUAACUCCUCAACAUCAAGGGGAAAUGGACUUGCUCGGGGAGAUUUUGGACACGCUGAGCACGCACAGUUCAGAUCAAGGAAAGCUCUCAGGAGCAAAGAGCCUGGAUUUCUUUAGGUCAAUGGAUGACAUUGAUUACAAGACUGCGAAUAAGUCAAAUGCACCCAGUGAGAGCAACCUUACCCUGCUCUGUGGCAGUACUAAUGAUCAAGCAGAGUGGAACCUCGGCCAGGAUGACAGUGUCCUCCAUGGGAAGCAGCUCCCUCCAUCACCAAGGAAGCAAGUUUCUUCUGGUGGCCAUAGAGAAUCUCUCUCAAGGCUGGAAGAAGAAAGUAGUGACAAAACCUUUAUUACUGGCAAGAUGGACACCACUAGUAUGACAUCCUCAGCUCCAGUACAAUCAAGAGCCCGGUUUGCCUCUCUAGAAAGUUUCAAAGCAGACUGUUCUUCCUACAAGUAUGCAAAGCGGAAUGAAACACUAAGCAACGCCUCAGAAGAUCAGCUCCCAGCAAGUCUUGCUCAAAAUCCAUCCAUUCUGAUCCCUUGGGAGAAAGAUGGGAAGGAAGGAAAUGAAACUCUGGAAGAGGGUGGGCUUCUUCAGGAAGUGGUUUCGUUAUGUAAACUGAGUUCUGCUUUUCACUAUGGUUUAAAUAUUUCAAAGGAUAGCUUAUCCAGCAGUAGCAGUGGAAAUAAAACGUAGGAAAACUAUGAGAAGAGAAACUUGACUCCCAUCAAAAGUUAAAGGGAGAUUACUCAGGACUCCAUAUAACUCCACGUAACAUGAUAACCAUAAGAUGGAAAAAGGAAUAAGAAAUCUUCGAUUAUAGAAAUAAUUCUCUUCAGUUGAGUACGCAUUUUCUGCCAUUGGGACAUCUGCUUCUGUGUUUACCCUGUUCGUUUGUUGGCUGUAGUUAGGUCCACAACAUGGAACUAAAUAUAUGAAUGCACUCUUAAAUCAGGUACUAGUUAGUCUCUGUGUUAAAAAUACAGCAGGUUAUGGUGCUUCCUAGCAUUUGCUUCCUCUAAGCAACAGGAAAGGUAUCCCCUAACAGGUAAUCAGGUUUUGAAGGUACUAUAUUAAUCCUAUUAAGCAUGAAAUGAGUGGAGCAAUCGGAUUUGUCUGAAAUGUACAAAUGUUAAUAUUUGUAAUGAAUAAGAACUGCCUUAAUCUUUUGAGAAGAGGUUUAACUAUCUUAGAAGAUGAAUGCAAAUAUACACAACAGCAAUAAUGAUUUUCCAUGGCACGAAUUUGCUUCAGCAAUGUGAGGGGGAAAGAAACUUUUUUUAGAUUAAGGAAUUUCAUGUGAAUAUAAGUUGGAACUUCUCCAAACUGUGGCCCUGUCUUCCAGACUUCGAAAAGGUAGUGCGUGCUUUUCUCUCUUCUGUAAAGUACAUGAAGUGCUGAAUUAUAAUGUGAUGCUUAUUAACUUCUGUUUACAACUAAGACACUUUAAAGACAUAUUAUCCAGUUUCCCUAGGUAGACUAUUUCACCUAAAAAAAUUCAGAAAGGAAAGUGUAAGUGGAAUCUAUAAAUUUCUAUUAUUUUUAUUUUCUACAGUUUAAUAGUGUUUGAAAAUUAAUUUGUGCCUCUUCUGAACUAUUUGGUUUCCAUUUUUAGUACCUACCGUUUUGAAGGUAGAUUGGAUUACUGUUAGUUAGCAGUCAUAUUUAAUUAAUUUAUUGAAGAGUCAUUGCUGAAAAUUACUUGUAACACUAGGAAAGUAAAAUUAUAAAUUCAGCUUGAGACUGCAUAUAUCCAACUCUUAUUUUAGGCAACUUGAACAACCAAAAAUCUCUUUCUAAAUUCAGUGAAGGAGGAUAAAUGGACUUGAUGUAUAUUGUAAUUAGAACAAGCAUUUUCCUUCUUCUGGCAGUAUUCCUGGGGAAUAUUUAGUAAUUUAAAGUCUGAAAAUUCUUGCUGCUAUCUAGAGCAGCUCUUUCAUUUUCCUUCUUGCUUCCUUUUUCUGCUUCUCUACUUUACCAUACACACGUUAUUGUUUACAACAGCUCAGGACAGGGAAGGGACAAAUAUGUUUCAGCAGACUGGAAUUGUCAGCUUUGAAGGAUAUUUGUGAUGCAGGAUAUUGUGUUGGCAGAAGUAGCACAGAGGUAUAAAAAGAACUGUACCUGGGAAGAAUGCUCUCCUGCUCUUCAAAACUCAUGUCAGAAACCUUCCUUUCCCUCUUUGGUAUGAAUGGUUAGUCUUAACUUCAGUAUAGGCUUGAGUGAACAUGUUCAUGAGGUCAAUGUUUGGAUCAGAUUGCACUUUAACAGUAGCUUGUAGCAAUGUUUAGUAUCAGUUGCCACCCUGAGAUUUAUGAAUGAAUUUUCCUUCUAGCAAACAUGAAUGGAAAGGGGUUUUUUGACUGCUUUAUUAAAAGGCAGCUGACCGAAGGGAAUGAAUCCAUAUCAUUACAGAGGCAGUGUUUGAUGCUUUACCAAAGAGAUGCAGUAGAGUGAGACCUUGGCUUUAUUAAUUUUAAAGUUUCUUCUUGUUUCAGAACGAGAAGGGUUUCUCAUUGACCAUGAACCUCCAGAUUUUUUUUUAAUCAGUGCAGUGAAGGUAAAACGUUGUAAAAGUGCAAAUGUUACAGAAAUGUCUGUGUCUGAUUAGGGCGUGAACAUUCUUGAGGGCAUCUGUAAUCUGCAUUGCUGUAGAAUCUCAGUAUUCCAGAGUUAGAGGCUGUAUGUCCAGAGGUCUGUACUCCAGAAUAUUUAUCUGUUCUUUGGUUUUCUCUUGUGUGUCAACAUGGUAUGCUGUGGAUUCUUUUUAAUAACAUAAACACGUUAUUUGGCAAAAUAUUUUGCACUAUUAAAAAUCAAAAGUAUCAUAACAAUUAUUUAAAAUCUUUCAAGUGUGUCACACCAGGUGGCUCAAGUGCUGUUCAGAUGAGAAAGUUAUGGAGGAAACUCAUGAAUACUUAGUCAAAGGUGGUAUUAGUGACUCAGUAGAGGGCAUUCUUCUCCUUUGCUGGUACUUAACAUUACCCAGAUGUAGUGCUGCCAAGUGUGUCUAAGAGAAGAUGGGCAACACCAGGACUUUUUUUCUUCUUGUAGCACUUCUCACUUACUCGCAUUCAUGUCUUUGCAGUUUCAAGAUUCGCCUUUUCUUUUCCACUGUGUCUGACAUGGUGUUUCUGUCCAUGGUUCAUGUUCCAUGUUAAUGUUUUUGUUUUUUUUUUUUUUUUUUUUUUUUUGAGAGAGAGAAUAAACAGUAUUAAAGUCUGAAGGAGAAAAAUAGAAAAAAAAUUGGUAAUUUUGGCCAUCAUUACUUUUGAAACAAUCAAACUCAUAAUUCCAGGAAUACUGCCAGAAAAUGGUUUUCAACAAUGCCUCUCUGAUAGAAGAAAUCUUACUGGCUUUACAUGAGAACUAGGCACUGAACUCCUAUUAUCACAGAGAUUGUCCCAUUCUCAUCUUUAUGAGAAAAAUAUGGAAGCCGUGUGAGGCUGCUAAUAUUCUCAUAGUUAUUAAAAGGAUCACAAAUUGAAAGUUUGAUAGUGGAAUAUUUCAAAAUUGAGGGUUCUGGUAAUAAUUAACUGUUUCAUUGAGUGAAAAUGCAGGUUAAAGUAAAUAGAUGAACUAAAUGAUGGAAGGUAAAAUUCAACUUAGAAUUUUUUUUAUUUCAGUCAAAAUGUUAGUUACUGUGCUUAUGCCACAUCGUUUCCUUAAUAUUUAUGAAGGAUGAAGUGUGUUUUCAGUCAUUAAAUAGUGUGUCUUUUUUGGUUUUGAACCUCGUAUGGGUUCAAAAAUAACUCAGUCUUACAUCUAUGUUGAACUUAACUGCAGGUACAUUUUAAACUCUGAAAUAUUGCAGAAUCUUUUCCAUUUACUCUCAGAGAUCUUUUAAAAAGGCUAAUAUUUGUGCCUUAUUUAAACAGAAUUAUCAGUUACCAAAUAGAUAAGAGUCCAAACUGAUAUUUCUGCUUCAACACUGUUGUCUGUCCUUGUGAUAAUAUAAAACUGUUUAUUGGCUACAUAUACAGUAUUUUUAUUACCACAUUGGGUUCUAUAUUAAGACAAAUUGUCCAGGUCCAGUACUUUUACAAGUUUUAUACUUGGAUGCUUUUUAAUUUUUGAAAUCCUUCUAAUGUCUUUCAAAAUCAUCAACAUUCAUCACCAGCUGCUGGUGAGAAGAGAGUUCUGCGCAGUCAGGGCUCCUGUGCUCUUCUUCAGAGGCAUCACUUCAGGAUCUCAAAAAUCUUCCCAUGUCUCCUGUUUAAGGGAGAUAUCAGGUUAUUUGAUUAAGCUUUGUAAUCUGUUACUUACACAGAGGAACAAAUUUCUUAUGUAGAAAGUCAAACUAGGACUUGAAUUUAAUAUCUUUGACUUUGUUUUGCGUAGAUGUCUGCCUGAAAUGAGCCGUAUCAUUCAUCUGGUCUGGGAGAAGAAUAAGGGCAGUAGUAAAAGAAAGGGAUUCCUGGGUUGUUCCGGUGGGGUGUGGUGAAGCAGAGUCCUAGGAGUCCUCAGGAGGGAUAAUAACUUUGAGGAAAUCCAGAUUUCAGGAUAUUGUCUAAUGUUCUAGCUCAGUUGUAGUGAUUCCAGCCCAGCCAUGUAGGCAAAGAUAGUAUUGCCUAUGGAAUUAGUCCCCUGUGUGAUCUGCAGAAUGCAUAAUACGUUGUCCCUGUCAAAGCCUUCCCAUCCAUGCGUAUAGACAUACAACAUGUGAAAAUAAUAAACAUUGAGGGAAGGAAGGAUGAUUCUGCAGAUGUGAAGGUGAUCCCUACCCACCCUCUAUGCAUGCAGAGGGCAGUCUAUGUAGAGUAGGCAGUUGCUUGCUCUUCCAUCCCAUGUCUUUGAGCAUUAUGUAGCUCCAAAAAUAGAGUUGUUCUGAAGGAAAAAUGUAGUGGUAGAAGUUGUCAUAGGACUUGUUGACUGAACCCUUCAUUGUCAUUUAGCAUUUCAGUGAUACUGCUGCUGCUUGGGUGGGGUUGUCUGAAACUCAGCACUGGCUGAAGUCCACUCUCAGGCACUGUAACACAGACUUCAGCCAGAGUCUGACACACAUGCUGUGUGCUUUUGAAAAUCCCACCCAAUCUAUUAGAGGAGUGUUUUAGAUCUUGAAAAUUUGUUUAGAUGUCUUUUCAGGUUUUAGAAUGAACUAGAUUACAAUUUCGUGUUCUUGUAAGCAAUGUGAAGUCUAAGCAAAAGAACAGUUAAGCCAGGUUUCUAAAACAGCUUCUGUUUCUCCACCUAUAAUCAAUCAUAUUCAGUCCUACAGAACAAUCUUUCAUUGGUGCAGCUGUCUAAUGGAAUUGCUAGGAGCAUCUAAAAUAUUUUCUCUAUGCAUGUAAUUAACUGCAGAAACAUUUCAUGCAAUAAUCAAAAUGCCAGCAUGAGGCCCUUUUGCAAAUGCACCCCCUGUGUGAUACUGACCACAGUGCCCUGUCCUGCAGAAAGGAGCCCCAGAGUUGCCGACAUCCCCACCCCCAGGGAGAGCUGGGGAUGGUCUUUAUUUCCAAGGCAGUUACCAUCUCUCCUGGUGCCAGGCUCUAGCCCAGGUGCUAUGAGACUCCAGCCAGCGUGUUCCCAACAGCCUGAAAUUCCAGGCUAAACAAAUGUGGUGAAUAAAAUUACACCUGAGGCAAGCAGCUUCCUUAUUGCAAAGUGCGGGAUGUGGAAGGCUGGCUGGUCCUGUGCUAUUUUGGUAGAUCUUUGGAGAAUGAAUGUAGAAAUAAAUGCACCAGCAAAAACAGUAUGAAUGAUGAUGUGACUUGUCUUCAGUAACUUCUUUGCUGCUAUUAGAUGUGUAUGUCUUUGCCAAAUGUUUUUUACCUUUUAACAGAAUCUGGGCUGAGUAGAACGUGUCCUCAACUUCACCUCAAGGUCAUGGACCAUAGCUGGCCUAGAACUCAUGAUCUUCAGGGUGGUUGAAAAUAAAGGAAUGGAAAAAGGAGGGUAUGGGGGUUUGUGCAUAACCUUCCUUGAUUUGCUUUGUAACGUCUGUUUUACAGUUUUAGUCAGUGGCCAACUGAAAGUACUUGAUAGGUCUUUCAUGGAAGCUGCUCAGCUUCUAAAGAGAGUUACCUCAUGAGUCCACAGCCAUCUUAGUCUAGAGAGCCAUCCACCAUCCCUGUAGUCAACAGAGCUGUUGCCAUUUUCUACUGGGUUGGAGUAUGAAGCAGGUAACACAGCUGGAAGUUACUCCAAGGGUUACUGUAGUAAAGGGUACUCAAAUUAACUUGUACUAUUACUUAGGUCAAUACUAACAACAUUUGUAUUUAGAGUGCAGUAACAGUAUUAGAAUUUGAAAAAUAAGUUGAGUUCUAGUCUGUUCACAUUUGUUAUGAUUCUGUGUGAAUUGACAUUCGGUUUCUGUCAAAAAUAAGGGAGCUAUUUGGUUGUGGGGGGAAAUGUGUUGACUUUCAGAUAUUCAGUGAAUUUUGUGCAAUAUUUCUCCUUGUUUCAAAGUAGUUUAGUAGUGCACAUCUGCUUUUCAAGCAGAUCCUUGAAAUGGUAUUUUUCAAAAAUGUGUAAAAUUACAUGUAGCUUUUAAAUAUAGUUGUAUGAUAAAAACAUGAAGAAUAUAUUCUGAUGAGGCAAAUGUAUAUUUCCAAUGACUGGGAAUGAUUAUGGAUGUCACAUUCUGUGGAAAUAAUAAGGCCAAAACCAAUAUUCACUUACCAGUGGCUCAAGGGAAUUCUUAAAACUAUAACCUGGUUAAAUUGAAGUAAGGUUAAAUAUUAGAAUUUAUGAUGCUUAGUUUAUCAUUUGAUCAUUUGGUUGUCAUUGAUAAAAAGGUGAGGAGUUAAGCGUUGCUUUUCAGUACCACCAAUGAGGUGAGGGUUUAUGGUGAUGACCAUAUGUAUUAAGAAUUUAGUCUGUGGCAUCCCUAAUUAUCGUAAGUCAUUACUUAAAAUAUAUACAAAUGUUGCCAGUAUCCUUUUAAUUUUUUGUAAAUUAAUUUCUUUGUAUAUUGAUGUACAUUUUGGUUUAACCUUUGAUUUUUCCUAGAGAACUUCUUUAAAUUGAUAUACUUGAAUGAGGCAAUAAAGCACUGUGGAACAACUAGUCUUAGUGCAGUUUACACACAAGCACAUCACGUCUGUUACUUUUUCAGGAGGAAGAGAAAUUUAAAAUGCUUUCAUGUUUGGCCAGCUGACAAUUUUUAUUUGUCAUUUUUAGAUCUGUGUCAGAUAACAAUGAGAAAUGCCUCAACACAGAACAAAGCAACACUGUAUACCUGGAUGCUUCUAGGGUUUUUUUCAGAAUGUUUUUUUAGUGACCUUUGAAAACUGUUCCUGAUAAUGCCCUUGCUGUGAGCCUGUAAUAAUUAUAGGAAAGACAUGAAGUACAGCAUGUUUUGAGGUUUUAUUGAUCAUUUUAAUAACUUCAGAGCUUAAAAAAAAAAAAGGCAACCAGCAUUGUCCUAACAAUUUUAAAAAUUUAGCAAGUUGCUGACCUUUAAUAAAACUAGAACCAAAUCUAAGAGGUUACUCCAUGGUUUUGCACCCUUGGACUACUGUUCAAAGUAAUCUCGAGAACUGCAAUUCAGACCUUAGACUACUGUAAGUAGUGCACUGUGUAGAUCUAGUAAAUGAGCUGUGAUGUGUGGUGCGUUUUGUUGUUGGUUUUGUUUGUUGGGUUUUUGUUUUGUUUCUUUUUUUCCUCCUUUCAAGUUUGUGGCGUCAGUAGAAGUUUUUGGUGAACUCCAUAUUACCAUAAAGUGCCCAACACUGUAUUAUAAAAUAAAAUUUAACAAUAUCAAAA